CUUCACUCGUCGGUGCUUACGGCGAUCUCGAAAUUAACCCUGGUUCUGACCAAUACCAAAAUUGCUGCCUAUGUCUGAUGUAGGUGACAAACCCCUCACUUGAGCUCAUUUAUUUCAGUGGGGUCGCAUAAUAAACAUAGCAAGCGGCUCCGCCUGAAUACUUGCUCAGAAGAGUUUGACAAGCUCCAAGCCUCACUCUUCUCAUAGCUUUCUUUCACUACAAACUCUUUCAACCUUCUUUAUUACAUCCCCUCCUUUUCUUUCUUUCCUUCUUCGCUUUUUCGAGGCACCAUGUCUGACUCAGGUGCUGAUGAUCAAAACGAUCGUGAUAUCAGACAAGCUAUUGCUGCCUCCUUGAGAGAGUUUUAUAGCUCUGGCUCACAAAACCGCCGCAAUGAUAGCUCAGGCGACAUUGUUGAUUUGACUGCCGAUACGGAUGACGAUGAUGUUGCACCCACUCACCCCAAGUCAAACCCCGUGAUUGGCAUUGACACAGAUGCCGAAUCAAAUGGUGAGCCCGGUGACGGGUAUGACGACGACGACGAUGAAGAUUUACGGAGAGCAAUCGAGUUAUCCAAGCAAGAUUUCACACAUGAUCAAGGCUCGCCAGAGGCCCCACUGUACAUUUCCGACAAUGAACAGGCAUCGAAAACAGGCGGGUCUCAAAAACCCCAGGUCUCAUCGAACGAGCAAAACAUAUCAAAACCUAUGGGUGUGCUUGGCUUGGAUCGGAAGCAGAUGGAGCAGGAGCGUCUCGCGCGCCUAGCAAAACGGAAACCAGACGAUACCUCGUCAUUUGAUGAACGCGAGACGAAGCAGCUGAAAGUCCAGACCUCUCCGAAAAUUCAAAUGAAAAAGGACCUUGAUAGAAUAUCGGAUAUCAUUGAUCCUUCUUCUAAACCACAAGCCUCGCGUCCAGAGCCCAACAUACCCUCUCCCCAGCCGUCAGUCCAGUUCCCUACCGGUGUGGUCAAGAAAACAUGGUCAUAUUCCAGUCCGCGUCUUGGCGACGAUAUCAAAAUCGAAGAAGUUUUUCAGAAGGCGGGCCUCGAACUAGCUGUUCUGAGUUCCUUUAUGUGGGAUAUGGAUUGGCUUUUUUCCAAACUUGACACGAGAAACUCUCGAUUCUUGCUGAUGAUGCAGGCCAAAGAGGAUUCGACAAAGCGUCAAUACGAGUCGGAAACAAAAGCCAUGACUAAUCUCAGAUUAUGCUUCCCUCCUAUGGAACCGCAAGUGAACUGCAUGCACUCCAAGUUGAUGUUGCUGUUCCACAAGACCUAUCUCCGGGUCGUGGUCCCGACAGCCAACUUGACUCCCUUUGACUGGGGUGAGAAGGGAGGCGUCAUGGAAAAUUCCGUGUUUUUGAUAGAUCUUCCCAAAAGAGUCGAUAAUGCUCCCGAAAAACCAACAACUGCCUUUUAUGAAAAUUUGGUCUACUUCUUAAAAGCCAGCACACUGCACGAAAAUAUCAUUUCUAAGCUUGACAGUUUUGAUUUCAGCCAAACUGAAAAAAUUGCAUUUGUCCAUACCAUCGGUGGCUCUCAUACAGGAAAUGCAUGGAAAAGAACGGGUCAUUGCGGCCUGGGUCGCGCAGUGACCGAGUUGAGCCUGCAAACGUCUAGGUCAUUGAACAUUGAUUUUGUAACUUCAUCCCUGGGCUCCUUAACCCAUGAAUUCCUGAGAUCCCUAUACCUCGCCGCACAAGGUGACGACGGAUCCACCGAGUUAACACUCCGAAACGCCAAAUCGUUCCCCGCGAAAAACUUCACCGACCCAACCAAGCUGAUCCAGAAGAACACCGCCGAGGAAUGCAAGGAUCGCAUCCGAGUCUACUACCCCUCUCAGGAAGUCAUUAAGGCAUCGCGCGGCGGUCCACAAAAUGCCGGCACCAUUUGCUUCUCGUCGAAGUGGUACGAAGGCCCCAAGUUUCCGCGCCAGGUUCUUCGCGACUGCGAGAGCAAGAGAUUCGGUCUGUUGAUGCACAACAAGCUUUUGUACGUCAGACCGGAUGAGCCCAUCCCAAUGAAAGACGACACUGAAUGCCGCGCGUGGGCGUAUGUGGGAAGUGCCAAUCUCUCUGAAAGUGCCUGGGGCCGUCUCGUCCAAGACCGAUCGACAAAGCAACCCAAACUGAACUGUCGCAACUGGGAAUGCGGUGUCCUCGUACCGAUCAUUCACAAGAAACAGGACCGCAACGCCGCAGCGACUGAGUCUGCGGGACAGAAGGACGAAACCGGUAUCGAUCCCGACGAGACAUCCUCCGAGUCUUCGAGCAAGAUGGACAAAGAAGAGAGCAAGGAAACCGGUCCUCCCGUCGAUUUUGAGUCGUCGACUAGCUUGGAUGUUUUCAAAGGAUGCGUCCCGGUGCCGAUGGAGCUUCCUGGCGCGCGUUACGGGGCGGAUCGCAAACCGUGGUACAAUAUGGACUUCUAACUCUGAGGCAAUGGGUUGGGUAGAGAACAAUCAAUUGGAUCCAGAUUGGUUGAACUAUCUAAGAAGAUAUGAUCUGAAAUGACAUUAAUAAUAAGUUGACAUCAAUGGG